CGUGUGCUUACCGUUGUCAAGACGGUGUUUCAAAAAAAGUGGGAAAACAGCUGCGCUGCUUCGGUGGAAAACGGAGCCGUUCAGAACGGAGGUCGCCUUCAACCUGGCCGAACCUCGCACGCCCUUUUUCAAGAAAAGAAAAAGCGAAUCCAUCGGUUCAGGUGACGUAUCUACGGCAGGAAGAGCCCUCGGAGUGGCUGAUCUGACGUCCCCUCCACCCCCUGUGUGUGCUGUGUGUGCUGUGUGUGAUUUUGUCACCCACGGUGUGGUGCUGGCUGCAGGCCGCCGAUAAGCAAGAGGAUGACGUCGGUUCGGAUGUUGCUGGCGGGUUUGUUGGGCGUGUUGGCCGUGGGCCUGCUGGGCCUUCCCCUCACCCACGGCAAGAACCUCUACACCCAGGAGCUCCACGACGACAGUGAGGGAUGGAUGGAUGGCUAGAUCUAUUGAUCUAUGGACGUCGUGGAGGCUCUGUGUGUGGUGUGGAUGGAUGGAUGGAUGGCUGCAGCGACCAUGGAGGAGCGCAUGGACGCCAUCAAUGAUAUCCAUAACAACCCCAGUGCCUUCGUUGAGACUGGUGCGCAGAUACAAGAUGCGCCAAUGCCGGCCCACCACCGCCACUCGACAUCCGUGCCAUUCCGUGGUCUGAUGAAUGUGUGCAUAUCUGUCUGUGCGUCUGUGUGUGUGCAGGGUCCUCAUCGGGUGCCCAUCUGCAGGUGUCGUUGGCCGCCAUCCAGCAGCAGCUGGAGCGAGGCACGGCCAGCCACAAGGCCGCCAUAGCGGUGCACCAGGCUGCCAUCGUCACACAUCAAGAGGCCCUCAACGCCAUGGAGGCCGCCGAGCAAAACAUGAACGCCCUCACCGACAAAGCGACCAGCCGCGGUGUGGAUGGAUCAUCGACAUGUGUGUGUCGUGUAUCUGUGUGUAUCUGUGUGUGUGUGUGUGUGUGUGUCAGGGCUGUGUUCGUACAACGGCUCCGUAUUCUGCAGUUUAGCCCUCAAGGGGCGAAUUGUGGGAUGGGGUGAAUUGUGGCACCGGCUGCAAGUGCUGGAAGCACAACUGCAUCGUGAGUACACAUCUUUGACGACUGGCAGCGACAGACAGACAGACAGACGCGAAGGAUCUCUCUCUCUCUCUCUGCGUGUGUGUGCGUGUGUGUGUGUGGUCUUCAGCCUAAAGCCGAUUACGUCUUCUUCGUGGAGGAGGUCAAGACCAUACGCACACACAUGUCAUUGUCUGUCUGUCAAUGAGUGUGUCUGUGUGUGUGCAGGAGAAGUCCAAGCACCGGCGUAGGAUGGAUCAUCGAUGUGUGGUGGUGUAUCUGUGUAUCUGUGUGUGUGUGUGUGUGCGUGUGUGUGUGCGUCAGGGCUGUGUUCGUACAACGGCUCCGUAUUCUGCAGUUUAGCCCUCAAGGGGCGAAUUGUGGGAUGGGGUGUUUUGUGGCACCGGCUGCAAGUGCUGGAAGCGCAACUGCAUCGUAAGUACACAUCUUUGAUCACUGGCAGCAACAGACAGACAGACAGACAGACGCAAAGGAUCUCUCUCUCUCUCUUCUGUGCGUGUGUGCGUGGUCUUCAGCCUGAGGCCUUAUAUUAUCAUUAUGUUUAUUAUUCUACGAAUACUUGAGGCGGUGAGCGCGUCUGCCGGCCGGCCCGGGCAGGUGGGUGAGAGACCAGAAACAAACAAAAAAGACAGCAGACAGACAGACAGACAGACCUCUGUCUAUAUAUCAGCAGCGGCACAGACAUACAAUACAGCAUCAAUCCAAUCCAAUCCAAUCAGGCGUUUGUGCGUCUGUGUCUCUGUGAGUGUGCAGGUAGAUAUGUAGCUGUAGCCUACACACCGACGUGGCUAGGGAGGGGGAGAGAGAGGGGAGAGAGCACUUUACUUUUUGCUGACAGCAUCAGACAGACACCUCACCUGUCCGGCUACACCAUUUCUUUUCAGACGGGCGGGCGGGCACACACACAGAGACAGAGAGAGAGAGAGAGAUUGACACACACAGGAUUUUGCAAUGUGUGUGUGUGUGUGUGUGUGAUUUGGGUGAUCCACUGUGUGUCUGGCUGUCUGCCUGUCUGGCUGCGCAUCCAAGUGUGUGUCCGUUGCGUUGGUGGAAUAUCCUUUGAUGGACGGACCGAUUCUUUGCGUGACGCCCUGUGUUCAUCUGUUUAAGCGGUCCAUACGGCGAGGACGAGUCAGUAGUUGAAGC